AUACAUAAGCGUAACGAUCGUUGGUAAAAUGACCAUUUCGUGAUUAGUUUCCCAUAUGUUAGGAGUUUACAAUAAUAUUGAAUAUUUUGUUGUUAAUUCAUCGAGUUUGUGAAAAAAUAGAUAGAUACAAAAUCUACAAUAUGGAGAUGUUUCGAACAGCGACGUUCUUAUUUGUCGUGGGACAAUUCGUAUUCGUUAAAUCGCAGAGCCACAUCACUGAACCAUCUAUGGAAGAAAAGAUUCGAGAUGAGAUAUUCGGAAUUCUACAGAUGCAAACAAAAGCUUUAUGGAGGGGAACCCCCUCAGAUCAGAACAUCGAGUUCCUUCCACUAUCAGUAGCAGCGGGCUGGCAAAUGAUGCUAAUGAAACUUCACUACUACGGAAGUCCUCCAGAAAAAUUCAAUUAUAAAAACGAUUUUUUGAAAAAAGCGUACGCAUUGGCGGGUAUACUCGAUAAAAUGUCUUCAACGUCCAAUGCCAAGUUGAAAUUCGUGAAUACUGUAUUUUACGAUCAAAGCAAAACAUCGAAGCAGCUUUUGAACGACUUAAAAACCUACUAUCACGCUGAAGCCUACGAAGUAUCGUUCAAUUCGGAAGCAGCCGUUUUAGCCGUAGUGAACGAACGGCUGAGCAAUGUUACAAAAGGACGAUCACCUAAAGCGGAGAAUCUCCCUAUUACAGGAGAGGCCAACAUGCUGAGUUCCUUAAUAAAUUACACAAGUUGUUGGGAUACGCCGAAAACCUGGACAAACUUUAUCAAAUUAUUGAAAUUCAAAAACUCGAACGACGAAUUCGACAUCGAAACGUUCAACGCGAAAGAGACAAUCGGUUAUUACAACAACAUCGAACAAAAAUACGAAGCCAUCAGAUUGCCUUUCAAAAAAGGCGAAUUCGCCAUGAUGGUAGUGUUACCUUACCAGGAUCAGUCGUUAAAAUUCAUCAGUGAAUUCACAGGAAACGAACAUAAACUAAUUUUGCAACUGGUUAGUGAAAAUUACGAAAACAUCGAUUACGCGAUCCCUUUCAUGAAUUUGAUGCAGCUGACGGUAAAUGAAAAUGGCACUGCUAUAUAUGGCGACGAUACGAUUACUUGUGACUGGCCGACGGCGGCUCAAGAAACCCAGGAAAUUAAUAAGAUCGAUUAUAAACCGUUUUACGUGAACAGACCGUUUGCUGUGUAUAUUUAUCAUGAAAAAACUAAAUUUGUUGUAAUGUACGGUUUGGUAAAUAACCCAGCUUUAGACACGAUGCAACCUCGUAUGUUGAAGAUUCAAAUGAGAGUAAGAAACGAUAAGACUGAUCUUUAAUUCGAUCGUUAAGUUUAACCUACUCGUGUGUUUGCGGCGUGUAAAUAGGAUAGACUAUCAUUGAUAAAAAUACCAAUUAAUGUUCGCAGAAAAUUGGCCAAAUGUAUUUUGUACAUAUAUUAUAUUGAACUGGGAAUAAAAAUUACAACACAAAGUAUUGUGUU